GAAAACACUUUCCCAAGGUGCCAUGCAGUUGGACUGAACCUGGAACCAUAUGGUUGGAAAGCAAACCUCUUUGCAACCAUGCUGUGCCUGUAUGUAUAUCUUUUGCUGGUAUGGGUCGAGGAUGUAAACAUUUACUAGAAAGCAGUGAAAAAAAAACAGUGAUCUUUGAACAAAGUCCUUCGUGAUUUUUGUUCUACACUGAGUUGCUAAUACUCCUUUGUUACUUUAAUUGCUGUCAGGGUUGCAGGAAAUCAUCAAGCUGGCUGAGUGGUUAAGAAGUUUGCUACCACUUUGCCUCUGAGUUCAAUCCCACUGCAUAGAGCCUUGAGUAAGAUUUGGUAAAUGGGAAACUAUGGAAACCUGUGGUAUGUUUGUGGUAAUAUGUUGUGGAACCUAAAGAGCAUGUAACUCUAUAAAGAGUGAUAACUCAGAUGUACUCAGUCAUCUGAUGACUAGAUAUCAGUAAACGAGUACUGUAACUCCUGGAUUUGAUAUGACCUACGAAAACCCCUUGAAGCAUAGAUACAAUCCAGUAGCUAGAACCAGCAAAAGAAUAAAAGGAUCUCAUUAAUAAACACAUCUAUAUUAAUCUUUCAUACCAGCAAUCUUAUUACCAUCUCUAGUUAUCUCGUUACCAUCUCUAGCAGUCACGUUAUCAAUUCUAGCAACCUCAUUAUGUUUCUAGCAAUUUUGUUACCAUCCCUAACAAUCUCCUUAUUGUCUCUAGCAAUCUUGUUACUGUCUCUAGCAAUCUCGUUACUGUCUUUAGCAAUCUCGUUACUUUCUCUAUCAAUCUCGUUACUGUCUAUCAAUCUUGUUACUGUCUCUAGCAAUCUUGUUACUGUCUCUAGCAAUCUCGUUACCGUCUCUAGCAGUCUCGUUACCAUCCUUAGCAAUCUCGUUACUGUCUCUAGCAAUCUUCUUACCAUCUCCAGCAAUCUUGUUAACGUCUCUAGCAAUCUCAUUACUAUCCCUAGCAAUCUUGUUACUGUCUCUAGCAAUCUCAUUACUAUCCCUAGCAAUCUUGUUACUGUCUCUAGCAGUCUUGUUACCGUCUUUAGCAAUCUUGUUACUGUCUCUAGCAGUCUUGUUACCGUCUUUAGCAAUCUUGUUACUGUCUCUAGCAAUCUCGUUACUGUCUCUAGCAGUCUCGUUACCGUCUUUAGCAAUCUUGUUACUGUCUCUAGCAAUCUUGUUAACGUCUCUAGCAAUCUCAUUACUAUCCCUAGCAAUCUUGUUACUGUCUCUAGCAAUCUCAUUACUAUCCCUAGCAAUCUUGUUACUGUCUCUAGCAAUCUCGUUAUCGUCUCUAGCAGUCUUGUUACCGUCUUUAGCAAUCUCGUUACCGUCUCUAGCAAUCUCAUUACCAUCUCUAGCAAUCUCAUUACUAUCUCUCACGACCUCAUUGUCACCCCAUCACUAUAAUUUUGCUGCUCUGUUUUAAAGCCUGCCUCCUGCUUCUGCUUGCAUUAAGUACUGCUGCUGCUGCUGCUGCUGCUACUAGCACUACUACCACCAACAUCAACUUUAACGAUCACUACAUAUUCUCAAAUUCUUUUUGCUACUACUACUACUACUAAGCACACCAUUAAUACUAACAUUACUUCACAAACUACUACUACUACUAUUACUACUACUACUACUAACCCAACAAAAGGCAGUUGACGAGCGCUUAGCAGUUAAGUGAGGAUCCUGUAGGCUGUGAUUUGAUAAAUUUGUU